UUUCUCUCCGCUCUGCUCGGUGCUCUCCUGCAGGCUGCGUGGCUUCCCGAGAACAAUCCGACCUACCAACAACUUUUUUGUUUGUUACAUUGUUUCUCUUUUUUGUGUUUAAACUUGAAGCUCGCGGCGCAGACAAAUGGCUCAACCGUUCACGAACACUUUAGGAUUUCGUAUAGUUUUAAACUCGGAUAGAGGAUUUGCCUAAAUUGUGCCACCACUACAAACAAUUCAGCGACGGAACAAGUUGGAGCCGAGAUAAAGGAAUCGGGAUCAGCUCUGUGCCCAUCAAGGUCCAAGUCAAGAUGUCCGUCAGUAACCACGAAAACAGAAAGUCUCGCUCUAGUUCCGGCUCCAUGAAUAUCCAGCUCUUCCACAAGACGUCCCAUGCCGACAGCCUGUUGACUCAGCUCAACCUGUUGCGCAAACGAAAAGUCUUCACAGAUGUCAUUCUGAAGGCUGGAAACAGAUCCUUCCCCUGCCACCGGGCCGUCCUGGCCUCCUGUAGCCGAUACUUUGAGGCCAUGUUCAGCGGCGGGCUCAGGGAGAGUCGUGACGCCGAAGUCAACUUCCACGACUCUCUCCACCCGGAGGUGCUGGAGCUGUUGCUCGACUACGCUUACUCUGCGCGAAUCCUCAUCAAUGAGGAAAACGCAGAGUCGCUCCUGGAAGCAGGCGACAUGCUACAGUUUCACGACAUCAGAGACGCAUCGGCAGAGUUUCUAGAAAAGAACCUCCACCAGUCAAACUGUCUGGGGAUGAUGCUGCUGUCAGACGCACAUCAGUGUCAGAGACUGUACGAGCUGUCGUGGAGGAUGUGCCUCGCAAACUUUGCGACUCUUUUCAAGACUGAGGACUUCCUCAGCCUGCCCAGAGACAAAGUCCAGGAGCUGAUCCUCAGCGAGGAACUGGAGGUGGAGGAUGAGAGCCUGGUGUACGAGGCUGUUAUCGACUGGGUCAAGGCCGACAUGGAGCACAGGCACAGCGAGCUGCCCGAGCUGCUGCGUUGUGUCCGCCUGGCGCUGCUCCCUGAAACCUACCUGCUGAAGAACGUCGCUUCAGAGGAGCUGGUGAUGUGCCACAAGGUGGGACGGGAGAUCGUUGAAGAUGCCGUACGGUGCAAAAUGAGGAUCCUUCAAAAUGACGGUAUUGUAACGGGGUUCUGUGCCCGGCCGAGGAAGGUCAGCCAGGCCCUACUGCUGCUGGGAGGGCAGACUUUCAUGUGUGAUAAAGUCUACAUGAUCGACAACAAGACGAAGGAGAUCACGCCCAAAACCGACAUCCCAAGCCCCAGGAAAGAAUGCAGCGCCUGUGCUAUUGGCUGCAAGGUUUAUGUUACCGGAGGACGUGGCUCUGAAAACGGGGCCUCCAAAGAUGUCUGGGUCUACGACACGUUACACGACGAGUGGUCCAAAGCCUCACCCAUGCUGGUUGCCAGAUUCGGACACGGGUCGGCAGAGCUCGACCACAUGCUGUAUGUUGUGGGAGGACACACUUCUCUUGCAGGAUCCUUCCCCGCAUCUCCAUCUGUGUCUCUCAAACAGGUGGAGCAGUACGACCCUCAGACCAAUAAAUGGACCCUGGUGGCCCCGCUCAGAGAGGGGGUGAGCAACGCUGCUGUCGUCGGUGCCAAAAACAAACUCUUUGCCUUCGGGGGCACCAGCGUAAACAGAGACAAAUACCCCAAGGUGCAGUGCUUCGACCCCCUUCAGAACCGGUGGUCUGUGCCCGCCGCUUGCCCGCAGCUGUGGCGCUACACCGCAGCGGCCGUCGUUGGAAAUCAUGUCGUCGUGAUCGGAGGCGACACUGAAUUCUCAGCCAGCUCUGCUUACCGGUUUAACAGCGAGACGUACCAGUGGUCCAAGUUCGGUGACGUGACGGCCAAGCGUAUCAGCUGCCAUGCAGUGGCGUCAGGAAACAGACUUUAUGUGGUCGGGGGCUACUUUGGUGCUCAGAGGUGUAAAACACUAGACUGUUACGACCCAUCAUCAGACUCCUGGGACAGUGUAACCAGCGUGCCCUAUUCACUCAUUCCCACUGCCUUCGUCAGCACAUGGAAGUACCUCUCAGCAUGAAGAGAGACGCACUGACUCUCUGAGUUUUCCACGAUCAGCCGUGGUGUCUGGUAUGCAGGCAUGUGUCUCCCUUCACCGGCUGCACAGAGGAAGAGUUUGUGUAUUCCUGCUGCGGCUCCAUCCAGCCUGAUUCACAUUAUCUUCAGCUGCAGAGAAGUAAAGGCCUGAGUCCUGGAGACGGCCCAGAGACUGGAAGUCUGCCGCCUCUUUCCACCUGAUCUGUUUACUCCUGCUUCUUGUGUGUAACUUUCCCAUGUAGCCUGAGCUGGACUCGUUGCCAUGUAUACUGCAGGGACCUCACAAUCUCUAUAGAACAUGCAGGAAGCAGACUGAUCGCAUCGAUGUGUGCAAGCUUUUCUCUUUCCACCUCCUAGGGCUGAAUCUGCUGCUGUGACUGCAUCAGCCCUGCACUGGUCAACCGGCUCACUCCUUCAUCAGCAUGUGUUCAUCUGGCCAGUUUAACAGACUCUGUAAGGACUAGGGGUGUAAUGAUGUGAAGUCCCUCCACUUCCGGUGUCCCCCAUGGGACCUUAUUUCAAAGAGAAAUAUGUACAGUAGUCAAUGGUGAGACUAAUAAGUCGUUAAUCUUGUUUGAAUCGCAGCAUUAUUAACACAAGUUCGUCAACUUAAAUAAUCAUUUUGCAAGACAAUGAAGUUGCAGUUUGUCACGGUAACAUUUCGUUUUGUUUGAAAGUAAACUACAUCUUUUGUCUCGCACAAUAUACGUCACCAACAUGGCUAUAACCUUGAAAACAUUUUACUUCCAGAACAAGGGAUAAUGUCAAUCUAAUGUGAUUUAUGAUUGAUUUUUGUCACACAUUUUUGAACAAGCAAGUCUUAUUGCUCAUAUGACUAUACAUCCCAGUACGAAGCGCACAAACAUCGUACCUCAAGCCAGAGAAAAAGUUAAGACAUUGGAGGAUGUAGUUUUCUAAAUUUAGGACAAACUGCGUCUUUCUCAAUUUGCAAAAUUAUCUUUUAACUUGACAAAGUGUAAUUCAUGGCUGAAUUUAGACAGGAUCAUCGGCUAACAGCUCAAAAUUUAAAAUCUGUGGACAUUGUGUCUUGGUUUCCGCUCUCAGACCUGUUACACCCCUGGUGAAGACUUAUAAAUGUCAGUUGUUUUUCAGUGAACUAUAAAAAGAAAGUGAGCUUUGUUGUGGUUUCUCUCUCCUCCGGACACACUGGGCGUUUACUCAGGUGUAAUUUAUUUGGACUGCUGAUAGACUGAAUUAGACCUUUGCUAUGCCAGGCGUAUGGGGAAGGAGAGAAGACAUUUGGGGAAGUGUAUGAUUUUGUGCACAGAAACAAUCUUCCUGUCUGUAUAUUUAGACUUUGGACUUGGGCUUCCCUCAAUUUUGGUAAGCUAAAUCUGCAUCUUCCUCCUCGACUUUAAAUACACGCUCGCAAGAGAGAAUGUGGCCCAUUAUGGCCGAAGAAGAUACUUUUCUGUUUCAAGAUGUUAUUUCAAACUAUGAUUUUGUCAUUUUUGUGUGUAUUUGUGUCUCAGGGUUAUGUAUAGUUUUGCCUGUAUUUGUUCAACGAAGGGUAACGUCUUCUAACAUUUUCUCUCUACUUAUUUUGUGAAUGUACUAUUUUGUGAUAAACAGUUUUACAGAGCUCUCUCAUUUUGAAAGACAUUCUUACAUUGUUUUGCCAAGUGUAAAUGUAUGAUUAUGCUUGAUAGCAGUGGUCAUAUUUAAAACGUAAAUGUUGCCAAAACCUGAAUAGCUAACCUAACAAAAGCUAAGUGUGUCCAAAGUAGUUAAGAAAUACUUUGUAGCUAUGAUAUUAUUUUUUAAUUUCGUGUUUCAGGAUCUUUAACGGAAGUCUUUUGUGUGUAUAGUUUGUAUAUUUUUGCUUUGUAAUGAAUUUGUAGAAGCCUUUGAUUUGCACAUUUUGUACAAAGAAAUCUCUUCAUGGUCUUAAUUUUGUAUCUUUGUCUUAACCCAGCUCUGGUAGUGUGAAUAAUCAAAGCGUUUUUGUAGCAAAUUAAGUUUUUCUCUUUGAAUCUCUUUUUGCUCCGUGUGCAAGUCUGCAGUUUUCCAAAAUAUCAAAUACACUGAUAUAUUAAGCUAUUACUGACGCUCCAUCUGUUACUUCAUGCUCUACAGCUCAUAACUUGUCAAUAAAUUUCAUCCUGUUGAAAACAUA